AGUUAUGUGGGCCAUGAAACCAGGCCAUCUCUUCUGGGCUCUGUUGUUUCUGCAACCUUUGUGGCCCCGACUGACUGAUGGGGCCACUCGAGUCUACUACUUGGGCAUCCUGGAUGUGCAGUGGAACUAUGCUCCCAAGGGAAGGAAUGUCAUCAUGAACCAGCCUCUGGACAAUGAUACAGUAGCUUCCAGCUUCUUAAAAUCUGACAAGAACCGGAUAGGGAGCAGCUACAGGAAGACCAUCUACAAGGAAUACAGAGAUAGCUCUUAUGUGGAUGAAAUAGCCCAGCCUACUUGGCUGGGCUUCUUGGGGCCAGUGUUGCAGGCUGAGGUGGGAGAUGUCAUCCUUAUCCACCUGAAGAAUUUUGCCACUCGUCCUUACACAAUCCACCCCCAUGGUGUUUUCUAUGAGAAGGACUCAGAAGGCUCCCUAUACCCAGAUGGCUCCUCUGGUCAGCUAAAAGCUGAUGACUUUGUUCUCCCGGGAGGCAGCCACAUUUACAACUGGACCAUUCCAGAAGGCCACGCACCCACUGAUGCUGACCCAGCAUGCCUCACCUGGAUCUACCAUUCUCAUGUAGAUGCUCCACGAGACAUUGCUACUGGUCUCAUUGGACCCCUUAUCACUUGUAAAAGAGGAACCCUGGAUGGGAAUUCCCCUCCUCAGCGGAAGGAUGUGGACAGUUAUUUCUUCCUGCUCUUCAGUGUGGUAGAUGAGAACCUUAGCUGGCAUAUUGAUGAGAACAUUGUCACUUACUGCUCAGACCCUGCCUCAGUAGACAAAGAAGAUGAGGCCUUUCAGGAAAGCAAUAGGAUGCAUGCAAUCAAUGGCUUUGUUUUUGGUAACUUACCAGAUCUAAGCAUGUGUGCACAGAAGCGUGUGGCCUGGCACUUGUUUGGCAUGGGCAAUGAAGUAGAUGUCCACACAGCUUUCUUCCAUGGACAAAUACUAACCAUCCGGGGCCACCGCACUGAUGUGGCUCACAUCUUUCCAGCCACCUUUGUGACUGCUGAGAUGGUGCCUCAGGAACCUGGCACCUGGUUGAUUAGCUGUCAAGUGAAUAGUCACUUGCGAGAUGGCAUGCAAGCACUCUACCAGGUCAAGUCUUGCUCCAUGACUCCUCCCAUGAACCAACUCACAGGCAAAGUCCGGCAGUACUUCAUUGAGGCCCAUGAGAUUCUAUGGGACUAUGGCCCAAUGGGGCAUGAUGGGAGUACUGGGAAGAAUUUGAAGGAGCCAGGCAGUGGCUCAGAUAAAUUCUUCCAGAAGAGCUCCAGUCGAAUUGGGGGCACUUACUGGAAAGUCCGAUAUGAAGCCUUCCAAGAUGAGACAUUCCAGGAAAAGGUGCAGAUAGAGGAAAAUACGCAUCUUGGAAUCCUGGGACCAGUGAUCCGGGCUGAGGUGGGUGACACCAUCCAGGUGAUCUUUUACAACCGUGCUUCCCAGCCAUUCAGCAUACAGCCUCAUGGAGUCUUUUAUGAGAAAGAUUACGAAGGAACUGUGUACAAUAAUGGCUCAUCCAACCUUGGCUUGGUGGCCAAGCCCUUUGAGAAAGUAACAUAUCGCUGGGCAGUCCCCUCUCACGCUGGCCCUGCUGCUCAGGAUCCUGCCUGUCUCACCUGGAUGUACUUCUCUGCUGCAGAUCCCAUAAGAGAUACGAAUUCCGGUCUGGUGGGGCCCCUAUUGGUAUGCAAGGCUGGUGCCUUGAAUGCAGAUGGCAAACAGAAAGGGGUGGAUAAGGAAUUUUUUCUCCUUUUCACUGUGUUGGAUGAGAACAAGAGCUGGUACAGCAAUGCCAAUCAAGCAACUGCUAUGUUGGAUUCCCGACUGCUCUCAGAGGAUGUCAAAGGCUUCCAAGACUCCAAUCGGAUGCAUGCCAUUAAUGGGUUUCUGUUCUCUAACCUGCCCAGGCUGGACAUGUGCAAGGGUGACACAGUGGCCUGGCACCUGCUUGGCUUGGGCACAGAGACUGAUGUGCAUGGGGUCGUGUUCCAGGGCAACACUGUGCAGCUUCAGGGCAUGAGGAAGAGUGCAGCCAUGCUCUUUCCUCAUACCUUUGUCAUGGCCAUCAUGCAGCCUGAAAACCCUGGGAUAUUUGAGAUUUACUGCCAAGCAGGCAGCCAUAGAGAAUCAGGGAUGAAAGCAAUCUAUAAUGUCUCCCAGUGUCCUGGCCACCAACCUGACUAUCAUCAUCGAUACCAGGCUGCAAGAAUCUACUACAUCAUGGCAGAAGAGGUGGAGUGGGACUAUUGCCCUGACAGGAGCUGGGAACUGGAAUGGCACAACCAGUCUGAGAAGGACAGUUAUGGUCACAUUUUCCUGAGCAACCAGGAUGGACUCCUGGGUUCCAGAUACAAGAAAGCUGUAUUCAGAGAAUACACGGAUGGUACAUUCAAGAUCCCUCGGCCAAGGACUGGACCAGAGGAACACUUGGGAAUAUUAGGUCCACUUCUCAGAGGAGAGGUUGGUGAUAUUCUAACUGUGGUGUUCAAGAAUAAUGCCAGCCGCCCCUACUCUAUGCAUGCUCAUGGAGUGGUAGAAUCUAGCACUGGUUGGCCACUGGCUGCUGAUCCUGGUGAGGUUCUCACUUACCAAUGGAACAUUCCAGAAAGAUCUGGCCCAGGGCCUAAUGAUUCUGCUUGUGUUUCCUGGAUCUAUUAUUCUGCAGUGGAUCCCAUCAAGGACAUGUAUAGUGGUCUUGUUGGACCCUUGACCAUCUGCCGAAAGGGCAUCCUGGAGCCUUAUGGAGGACGGAGUGACAUGGACAGAGAAUUUGCCUUGUUAUUCUUGAUCUUUGAUGAGAACCAGUCUUGGUAUCUAGAGGAGAAUGUAGCAACCCAUGGGGCCCAGGAGCCAGGCCGUGUUAACCUACAGAAUGAGACUUUUUUGGAGAGCAAUAAAAUGCAUGCCAUUAAUGGAAAGCUCUACAGCAACCUCAGGGGUCUUACCAUGUACCAAGGAGAACGAGUGGCAUGGUACAUGCUGGCCAUGGGCCAAGAUAUUGACCUACACACUAUCCACUUCCAUGCAGAGAGCUUCCUAUAUCGGAAUGGAGAGAGCUACCGUGCAGAUGUUGUAGAUCUGUUCCCAGGGACCUUUGAGGUUGUGGAGAUGGUAGCCAGCAACCCUGGGACAUGGCUGAUGCACUGCCACGUUUCUGACCAUGUCCAUGCUGGCAUGGAGACCCUUUUUACUGUCUUGUCCCAAAGAGAACAUGUAAGCACUAUCACCACCAUCACCAAAGAGAUUGGAAAAGCAUCAAUCCUCAGAAACAUUGGAGAAGGCAAUGUGAGAGUGCUGGGCAUGCAGAUCCCUGUAAAGAAUAUUGAGAUACUGGCUUCUCUUUUAAUUGCCAUGAGUAUCAUUCUCCUCCUCAUUGCUCUAGCUCUUGGUGGUGUGAUCUGGUACCAGCAUCGACAGAGAAAGCUACGACGCAACAGGAGGUCCAUCCUGGAUGACAGCUUCAAGCUUCUGUCCCUCAAACAGUAGCAGUUGGGUCCUGCAACUGCACAUCUUGAAUGCAGUCUCAGCAGGUCAUGCUCUAGUAACUGACUCCACUGUCAAAGGGACAUGAGUAGUAGAGAGGCAGAGUAGGGAAAUAAACUCAUCUGGGAAUUUCUUCACUUAUUUAUUUACAUGGAAAUUAUGUACCUUCUCUUUUUCUUUAUUUUUUUUUUCUCCACUUGGGAAGCUGGGGCAAGAAAAUCCCAUAUUAUCUUAUAUCACAAAUUUCAACAGCUGGAUUAUAUCAACCACUGACACUUGGAAGAUCUGGAAAUUACUAAUAACCUAUUCUUCUUACAAAGUAGAUACCUAAGGUAAAAUAAAUUGAUUAGGUUUUUAUUGCUUUUUCAGAACCUAGGUAAGUGAGCUGUGAAGAUAAUCCACAUCUAAACUAAGGGCUAACAACAUGGGCAUGAUGGAGAAUGUGUGGGGUGGGAUUUGAAGAUCCAAAUUUUAUUUUGAUUCUCCUUGGAAAUAAACUAUUUUGGAAAAGAAGUAGAUGGAAUAUUAUUGCUAUGAGCACCUACAACCUCUGGAGCCAGAAGCUCCUCAGGAAGUCAGUCUUCAAAAAUUCUGGCACUCCAUACUGUAGGCAAAAAAUAC